UCAGUUGUUUCUCAGAUCUCCAGCAGGCGAAACAAGGAUACGAGAUGGGACUGCGCCUCAAUGUGCUAAUUGUUGCUUCGACCCUUGUUGCUCUCUCCUGUGGGAUUCCGACUUCUUUAGUUGAAGAAAUCAAGUCCAGCGAGCUUAGGAAUAAUAAAGUUAAAAGAUCUCAUCCAAAUGAGUUAGUCGAUAUCGAAAGUAAUGAAGCAGAUGGACCUUUAUACAAACCUUCAGCAAUUAAAAGAGGUGUAAGUCUAGAAAGCAAGCUUCCAUCAGAUCUUCAGUGGGACCAGGACCGAACAGACCUUCUUAUUAAUAAAAACUAUCUGCCCAAUGUAACAAGUUUAUUCCGAUAUCCUGAUGGUUCACCUGAUGAAACGGAAAAGAAAAUCAGAGAGUUUGAAAAAGGUUAUCAAUAUGCGAGGAAUAACGAUGAUCUGGACGAGGUAUUAGAAAAUGCUGUUUUGAAAUCUGGAGUUUACGGAGAUUCUGGAGAUUUGAAUCAAUACAGGUUCCAGUCGCGGCUAAAACGAGAUGUUGAACUUUCACCAGAAGAAGUCUUAACGCUACUGUCUCUUUAUGAAAAUAGUCGUCAACAUCAAAUUCCUCAAAGUGAUAAUUAUCGUUAUCCUUGGACUAGAUUUGAGCCAACAGUAGACACGGAUCAGUUACAAGAACAAGAUGAUGAAAACUGGUUGAAUACUCCCGUCGUUUAUUCUCACACUUCUUCGUUUGACAAAGAUUCGGACCCUAAGUAUUUAUACGAGAGUAGUCCGGAAGAUGUGGAAGUCAAAGAUAGAUGGCGAGGAUUUGGAGUAGAUGGAAGGAGCAAACGGUUCAUGAUAUCAAAACGAAAGAGCCUCGACCCAACAAGAGAACUAAGAUAUAUAAAUGGACCAAAUAAGAAUGACUUUUAUACUCUAUCUCAACUUUUGAGUAAUCAAAGAGGAUCCGAUAAUCCAAUAUAUCGUCGACUAAUUUUGUAAUUUGGAAUGGAAUUGUAUCAUAUCAAAAAUCAGGAUUUUUGGUACCUAUUGAAAUACAUAUUAAUAUAAUAGAUUGAUUCUGUAUUUUAUUAAUUAUAUAGUGAAUUGAAAUAUAAUUUCGAAUACUGGAAUGGCUUAUAUUAUGUAAUGUGGUUCUCUAUUUGCUUCUUUGCCUGUUUUUUUUUUCACUAUAUCUUCGUAGCUCAGACAUUACCUGCAUUCUUUCAACAGUCUUCAACUAUUCUGUUUAUUGCCAUCGUUUACGCUCCGUUAAAUUUUUUGUACGUUACAUACGUCCACAGAUUAUGCAGAUUUACUUCCAAGUCAUUUCCUUUAUUCUAGAUUUUACUUCAAUACAAAAUAUUGAGAAUUGGUGUAUAUUUCUUAACAUAUGAAUAAAUAUAUAUUAUGUUUAAUGUAUCAGUGUCGUCAUUAAUUAAAAUAAUAAAUAAUGCAAAAUUCUAG